AUGAGAGCUUAUAAAAAUGGAAAAUGCAAUCAAAAAAUUUGUUUAGCUUUAAUUGAUCGUGUUGAAAUUGCUCAACAAGCAACUAGAUCGUUAGAAAGACAACAAAUGGAAUAUGAAGAACUUUUUAAAAAACAAGACUACUAUAAUGCAUGGAUUAGAUUUAUAGUUGUUUUAGAGAAUAUAAAUAAAUUUGUGAAUGAAGUUACUCAACUUUCAAACCUGCAAAAGUUUUUGGCUGCAAACGCCGUUAAAGAAGCAUUUGAUAAAAAUAUUAAAAAAUUUGAAGAAGUAUGCAGAGAUUUAAAUUUCACUUUGGCUAUUUAUGAUCUAAAUAAAAAGGAGUUAGAAAAUAAAAGAGUUAUGGAGGAUAUUAACGUCUUAACUAAGAAGAAAGAAUUAGCUCAAUUAUCCGAAAAAUUUGAUCAACUUAUGAGGCGAACCACCUUUAUUGAUCCCACAUUAAUAGAAGCCUAUAGAGAGCCCGAAAUAAAUCCACGGGAACUUUGUCUAGUUCCAUUAGAAAAUGAUUCCGGAAGAACUAUCCUCAAAAGAAACUAUCGGGGAGUUAAAGUUGCAUGUAAAAGGUUUUUUGCUGAGAAAAAUGAUAUAAAAUCUUAUGUCGCGUUUGCUAUCUUACGUAGAUUAGGGACUUGUCCAUAUAUUUUUGGCUUUCAUGGUCAUUCAAAAAUAGAUAAUAACCCUGUUAUUGUUUUUGAUUGGGCACUAAAUGGUAAUCUGCGAAAGUUGUAUACAGCGAAUUCAAUUGAUUGGCGCACUAAACUUAAACUUGCUCGUGAUAUAUGCUAUGGUCUUUUAUUCAUACAUCAAUGCAAUAUUUUACAUCAUGAUAUUCGCUGUGAAAAUAUAUUAGUUACCGAAAGUUAUGAACCAAAAAUUUCGAAUUUUUGGUUGAAUAGACAUGAGAAAGAGAUAUCUGUGAGAAUAGAGGACAUCGUAAACAUGGUUCGAUGGUUAGCUCCAGAAAAAAUAAAAGCUUAUGAAAAAUAUGUUCCUAAAGGAGCUAGUCCCAUGAUACUUCCUAAAAAUUUUGUUGACAAUAAUAUUCCAAUCUAUAACCUGGAAGAAGAUAUCAAUAAAUGCAAUGCUGAAAAUUUUUCAGGGGAUUGUAAGAGGCUUUCUUUGGAUA